AUGAAUCAAUUAGCUGAUCGUAAAGGAUUUAAAAUUGAAUCAACUUUACAACCGAAAAAAAAAAGCAAAGAUAAAAAAUCAAAAUCAAAAUCAAACGAUCCGGGACAUGUGCGUAUUAUCGAUGACGAUGCACCAGUACCGUGGGGUGCAACAGAAAAACUUGAAAUUAUAGCUGCUAAUGAAAUUGUUUCAUUUGAAGAUGCUCCAACUGUUGUCGGUGUUAUUGAUGAACGUCCAUCGAAUGUACGUGAAAAAGAACGUUUUAAUGAUGCGAAGCGUUGGCGUACAGCAGCUUUUGAAGAAAUAUCAGAGCCUGAUACUAUAGGACCUCAACCGAAAUCAACAAAAAUAUCUUCAUCGGUAAAUUCUCGCCAAAAACAAAAUUCAUCUGAUGAUAGUGAUCCAGAUAUCGAUAGAGGUCCGCCAAGGAAAAAUGAAAAUUCUCAUUUUGCUGCAACACGAAGAAAAAACUAUCAAAACGAUAGUGAUCCAUCUCCUCCUCGAAGAAGGUGUCAAUCUGACGAUGAUAUAAGUCCACCACGACGACGUGAUCCAUCUCCACCGCGAAUAAAAUAUGACGAACCGUCUCCUACAAAAAGCAAGCAGAAAUCCAAUGACGAUUCAAGUCGAACACGCCACAAACAGUACCAAAAUGAUGCUGAUAUAUCUCCUCCACGACGUCGGGAUUCAUCUCCGCCGCGAAAAAAACAUGAUGACUCUUCAUCUCGAAGAAGAAAACGUCAAUCAGAUGAUGACCCUAGUCCACCACGACGAAAACUUGAUAAUUCUUCACCUCCUCGUCGAAAACCCAAUUCGAAUGAUAAUUCAAAUUCAUUAAAACAGCGUGAUACAUCUUCUCAUCACAAAAGACGAUCACGAGAUGAUGACGAUGAUGAUAAAGCAAAUCCUCCAAGACGCCGAGAUAAAUCUUCACAUUCCCACCGUAGAAAUGAUCGUCAUUCUGGCCAAGAAAGAUCGCAAUCACCAGUACAGAGUCGUCAACCAAAAGAAGAAACAUCAUCAUCGUCAAAACAUGAUAGACUAAAGCAAGAAUCUUUUCCGUCCGCACCAUCUCAGCCAGCUAAAUCAGAACGACGACGUUUAGCUGAACAUAAAGAACAACUAGCAGAACGAUAUCAAAAAUGGGGUCGUGGUUUAGCUCAAGUACAACAAGCAGAAGAUUCUGUGAAGGAUUAUUUAGAGCUAGCAGCAAAACCAUUGGCACGUUAUCGCGAUGAUACAGAUCUGGAUGCUAUGCUUAAACAACGAGAACGUGAAGAUGAUCCAAUGCUCAAAUAUCUUUCCCAUAAAACUUCUGAUACAGGUGAUCGAACUAAUAAUAGUAAUAGUGCUCCAGCUAAACCUCGUUACAGAGGGCCUGAUCCUCAAAAGAAUAGAUUCGAUAUUUGGCCUGGUCACCGAUGGGAUGGCGUUGAUCGAUCGAAUGGCUACGAAAAGAAACUAUUUGAAUCAAUUGCUAAUCGACAUGCUAAAUCUCAAGAAGCUUAUUUAUGGAGUGUUGAAGAUAUGUAA